AAAUAUAACAAGAUGGCAACCAAGCUAAGUCCUUUUGUAUACUGGGGCCAGUCCAUUGAAAACAUAUCUCUUAAAGUGGACUUGAGAAACGUUGAGGUUCAGUAAUCAUGUUUUUUAAAUACUAUUCAUUUGAAACUCAUUAUGAUUUUUUAAUAUUUUAUCAAAAUAUAACUUAAAAAUAUUUAUAUUCAAAUCAAACAGAAUAAGUGGAUAGGCCUAAGUUGACAAUUUGACAAAUUUUAAAAAAAUGAAUACAAAUUAUAAAUUACAAUCAAACAGUCUGAGUUCUUCUUCUUCUAUAUUUUGAGGGCCCACGAUCAAUGAAUUGAAUUAAUUGAUCAUUCUGGCUCCUAUGUUUCAGACUAUUCAUAAAAAGUGUUGGACUGCAAUAAAGCUUUAAAAUAGAUUAAUAAGAAUAAGACAAGAACAAAUUUUCUCAGUCUCAAUUUAACUAGGCACUUGGAUACAAAAUUUAAAAAAAUUCAAAUAAUUUUUUUAAUAGCACAGUUAGUUAGAGCUAAUUUCAAAUAAGAAAAUGAAACCAGAAUCAACUUGUUAGCUUAAGUACUUUUUGAGCUAUGAAUUUUUAAAGUGUGAGUUCGUUUGGUAUUUUUUACUGUGGACGAAACCUCCACAUCUUGUGACCUCAUUCCGCUGAUCGCGUCAUGCGCAAUGACUAUAUACUUUAUAUAAGGCAACGCAUCGCCUUAUCACUAAAAUACUGUUUAGGGUCGACUUAGUUUAAACUUUCAACUUUGGCACAUGAAUAAUUAAUUAAAGCUUUCCCUGACCAAUGGUAUAGUAGUUUUUGCACACGGCAAACUCUUAUGAAUGAAACUCUGAGGUAGUACUACGAUACAGCUAUUAUGCAAGUGGCUGUGAAUGGUUGCCAAUGACAACGUGUUGCACACGGUAAAUUCUGAUCAUUUAUAAUAUGGAUUCUACCGGGUUGUUAAAGCUCAAAUUAAAACAUUCCAGUUUAAAUGUCUUCAAAAUGCAUUCUGAAACACAAGUUAUCAAUUAUUUUGAUGUAGAUAGUGGUAAUAAAUUAAUAUUUCCUAAGUAUCGGCAACUUCCGCCAUUACAAAGGGGGCGUGGCCCACCCCAUGACGAAAUUAGGUUGAGCGAGCUGCAUGACCUGCUGCGAACGCGCAGAAACAUAGCGUCUCUCGUAAGACACUUAUCGCUGUGAAAAUUGGCAUACAUGUAGAUCAAUAGAUUCCCCAGAUGCAAAAAAAAUUUGGUAGUGACAAAUUUUUUCCUUCGACUUAAUUUUAAUGAUGAAAGUUGCCUUAUAUUUACCAAGGAUUUUCUCAAAGCUGACUGAUUGUAAAUGAAAAAGAAAUUGAUUAAAAUGUAGGCCAAGAUGUCUACCUAAUUAUAAGGCCGAAAACGGAACUCAAAUACACAUCGAAAGUACUAAUUUAAUAAUAAAUAGACACACACAUCGGAAAAUUAAAAACUCGGAUUUUUUGGCACCGAUUGCGAAAUCCCAUACACAAAAAGUAGUAGUCUCCCUUGACUUACCGAAGUACCUAAUUUAACAAUAAAAGUUAGGCUUCAAUAAUAAUUAUACAUUAUACACAAUUAAACGUUUCGGCACAUGCCUUCAUCAGUACAAACAAACAAAACACAUUUAAAUAAGUAUAAAUUCAAUGCCUAAAACAGAAAAAUAGCAGAGGGCCAGAGGGUGCUAAAACCAGACAAAAACAAAGUAAAGAGGAGUAGAAAGGAAGUGAUUUUAACAUAAUUUUAAAAAGCAAACAGGAAAAAGACAUGGCAGUUAGGUAAAAUUGUGGAUUUGGUUCAUUCCAUAUGGAGACAACAUACCAAAUCUAGUUAUUAAUUUGUUCUCCAUAUAGAUUCUAUCUGUAGUGUUACUAGUAUAGAGUAUACCAGUAACUGCGAUGUCUGAGAUAACAUCAUGGUUAGGGCUAUUGAAAUGUUUGGAGACCGGACAGAGAUCGUGUUUAUUUAUGUUAUAGAGGUGCUCUCUGAACCGGUCCCCAAGGUGACGACCUGUCUCUCCUAUGUAUAAUUUACAGCACUUUUUGCAAAUGAUGGUGUAAAUCACGUUGUGACUUGUGCAGGUAAAGCCAUCUUUUAUUCUGAAUACUUCCAGAGGGAAAGUGAUCUUAUCAGUUUCAAUCACAUAGGGACAUGAGUUACAAUGGCUAUGGUUGCAACUCUUUGUGCCUUUAUGUGCUUUAAUAGCAGGGAGGUGGCUUCUAACUAGCAUGUCCCUAAGGCUCUUGUCCCUCCGGAAAGCGAAAAGAGGAGGUUUUCUGAAAAUCUCAUUUGUGACAGGGUCUGCCAUCAGAAUUGAGCAGUUUUUCAGAACGAGAGAGCGAGCUUUUAGGUUGUGGGGAUGAAAAGUUAAAAUAAAUUUAGCCCUAUCACUGUUGUCAGAAUGAGUAGCUUUAAAAGACUAUUCAGAAGGGUUAGCGAUGUAACUGUGCAUGGUUUUGAAGGGGAUACUUCACUGGUUGCAUGGGCUACUCAGUGAUGAUAUUAUUGUAUUAUGAACUGGGAGUUGGAUGACAGGAGGCAAUAGAUGCUAAUGUGUCAAUUGUAGUUGCUUUUGUAAACUUGUUGCAAUCCCAUAUUGUCUUUGGUAGGAUAAGGAGCUCCUGUACUAAAUUCUUGUUUUUAUGAGCUGGAACUGCCUGUCAUGGCCUUGUCGCUGUCUCGGGGGUAGUGAAGGAUUUCUGUUUAAUGCUGGAGCAGUGGACCACCCCAUUUUUUAUCUUGUACAUCAUGGAGAGCCUGGAUAGUCGUCGCCGUUCCUCCAAUGGUGACCAUCCCAGUGUUUCCAGCAUGCUGCCAACACUUGAGGUGUUUCUGUAGCGUUUUAGGACAAAGCGUGCUGCCCGUUAUUGGACCCCCUCCAACCUGUUGAUGCUCUUCUUGGUAAAUGGGUCCUAGACUGAAGAUGCAUACUCUAAAAGCGGCCGGACAAAGGCUUUAUAGGCUUUUUCUUUCACGCUUGAGUUACCGAUCUUCAGAUUUCGCUUAGGGAACCCAAGGGUCUUGUUUGCCCGGUUGCACACAUUGUUAAUGUGCUCGUCCCAGCAGACCUUCUUUGAAUUGUAACACUGAGGUACCUUACGGAAGAAACUGGCUCAAGAAUAUGGCCAUGCAAUUUGUAAGGUGGGUUUAGAGGGGAUCAGCUUCUGGAGACUGACAAGGUCUGGCACUUGACGGGAUGAAAUUCCAUGUCCCAGCUCAUCUCCCACUCGGCUAACCGAUGGAGGUCCUGUUGUAGCUGGUCCUGGUCAGAACUGUUGGGGAUUGUCCUAUUUUAUAGACUGCCAUGUCGUCUACAUACAGUCUUGCUUGGGAGGUCAUCGCCUCGGGGAGGUCAUUGAUAUAUGCUAGGAACAAACAGGGGCCUAGCACCAAGCCCUGGGGGACCCCUGACUUAACACAGACAAAGGAGGAGUUUGUGCCAUCUACCACUACUGCCUGGCAUCAGUGGCUGAGGAAGCUAGAGCAGUUGUUUGGAGCAAACUUCAAAUAAAAGCAUGAAACCAGAAUCAACUUUCUAGCGUUAGUACUUUUUGAGCUAUGCAUUUUUAAAGUGCAGGGUUGUUUGGUAUUUUUUUACUAUGGACAUGGUCAUGGACCGCACCUCCAGAUUUUGUGACCCUAUUCCCUGCUGAUUACCUCAUGCACUCUAACUCUUGUUUAAAUGAUAAUUUUAUACAACUUUUAUUUUCAGGAUUACUACUAGGUAUUAAAAGUUCUAGAAUUAGCUUUAAUUUUUAACACUAUCAUGCAAUUAUAAAUGCAUUUUAACUAUCUAGCUAUGUAACAAUUACAUACUAUGUAAUUUUAUCAUUAAAUUUAAUAAAUAAAAUAUGAACAGAUUAAGGCAAAGUGCCCCCCUAAAUAUGACACUGGUUUGGGACUACUUAUUUUGAACUUAAACUUUUGCACAUGACUAAUUAAUUAAAUCUUUCCCUGACAAAUGAUUUAGAUUACAGUAGUAUAGUACAUGCAAGUGACUGUGAAUGGUUGCCCAUAAUAAUGCACACUGCAAAUUAUGGUAAUUUAUAAUUUGGACUCUACUGGGGUUUUAAACCUCGAAUUCAAAUAUUCUUGUAAUAAUUGAAUUGUUCAUGAGUACUGGGAUCUUCCGCCAUUUAAAGGGGUCAUGGUCGAAAUUGGGCCAAGUGACCUUAUGAUAAUGCAGGUUACUUAGAUGAGUAUAACUAAUGGCCAACAUGUCCUAACUCAAUAAAAAUUGGCUUUUAUAUAAAUCACAAUAUAUAAUGCUGAGGGAGAUUUAAUAUGAAAGAUUGAACCUCUUCAAAAAAUUUGUAAGGAAAGAUGCCUGAUAUAUACCUAGGAAUUUCUGAUAUUGGGGUAGAUAAAAUAAUAAUGGAAAUGUAGGCCAAAUAUUACUACUGCAAACGUGUGGAUGAAUACCACAAUUUUAUUACAAAAUAUUCAUUUCAUCAAUGAAAAAGGACCAACGUCCUAAAAUUAAAAACUGUGAUUAUUCUGCGCCGAUUCCCAUUUCCCAUACAAAUAUUGAAGUAGUCUCCCUUGUUUUACUGAAGUGCCAAUAACAAAUAGUAUUUAUAUUUAUUAAUAGGUAUUUUGGGGACAUUUACAAAAUAAUUUCUAAAAUAUAAAUGAAAUAAAGUUGAAUAGAGCCUAAUGAAUCAUUUACAAAGACAUCAAGAUCAACUUUCUAGCGCAAGUGGUUCAUUUGUCAAUAGUUAAGUUAUGAAUUUUUGGCUAAUGCCUGUUUGGCACGCCACUUUGAGAUCCUUUGAAGGAUUCUCUCCCUUUUGCUAAUUCUUGAAUUGUAAUUAGAGUUAACUUUUAUUUUAUUUAAAUAUUAAUAUGCCAAUGUUGGAAUGUUGUAAGUUAAUAUAUAAUUGGGCGGUUAAUUAUAAUAUUUAAAACGAGGUUAAGAGGUUAAAUUUUCCCGGCAUCUUGGAAUGAGUAUUGAUUUUUCUGACAACUGUUUGAUUUUAUUUUUGUUGAAAUAUGCAAUGAAGUGUUUUUGGUGAAAAUGUAAGUUGGGUUUUCAUUAUUUUUAAUAUUUUAAAAAUAAUUUUAAUCUUUGUAUUCAAAUUUACUAUUUCUUCAGUUCAGUACACUGUGUUACUGUAGCGCACAAACAUGUGGUUUCAGGGUUCACUUUAGGCAUUAGGUCAUAGAUUUUAGGUUUGAAGAUUAACGCUUAAGUUAGUGGGGACUAAAUUUGUGGGUGUUGCGAAUUAGAUUCAGGGGUGAGAAUGUUUGGUAUGGAAAAGGUGUUUGGUGUAGAGAGUAUUUGUGUAGCUGUUUAUUUGUGCUUGGUAUUUUUUGACAUCUGUUGUGACAUAUUUGGGUAUGGGAAAGGAUGUUGUGAAUGGUGUUAUGGUUUUGGAUAGCAGUGAUGGAUAAUUGUAUAAUGGAGUUUUAAGAAAUUUUAGGAAUAUGUGUGUUUCCGACAAAAUUUACAUUCCCUUGGAUGGCUACGUGCUUCUUUGGUUUUGAGGGGCCAGAAACCACUACAUAGUGCAUGUGUGAUGAUAUCUGGUGUGCAAUUUCUUUUUAUUCUAAUCAGUCUCUUUCUGCAUAACAGAUCAAUUUUUUUUAGAUUGAAAGUCCAUGAUACAUAUGUUUUAAAAAAAUAAAAUGCCAUUGGUUCUUUCUCCUUAUUUUAAAAAUAAUUUUUUAGUAAAAGAACAACAAAUGUAAUUAAAUAAAUAACAAAUCAUAAUACGUUAUUAAAUUAAAUAUAUAACGUGAUAAUAUUAUGAAUCUAUGUCUGUUUUACAGUCAUCUAUGUAUUUUCAGAAUGUGGAGGUUACCCUUACCAAAGAGGGCUUGGACUUUAGUGCUCAAGGAUUGGGGGUGAAAGGCAUUAACUUAUACAGCUUCCACUUAGACUUUUAUUUGCCUGUAGACCCUGAGGUAAGUAAUUUAAGUCAUAAACUCUCUAUUUAAAAAAAACACAAAAAACAGUACAUUUAAAAUUUUUUUAAAUUAACCUACGAUAAUGUUUUAUUGCAUGCAUUGAUUCACAGAAAAGCAAAUAUAGGACUACUGAUUUAGCAGUUGAGUUUCAAAUAGAAAAGACAGCUGCAGAGACAUGGCCCCGGUUAACAGAACAGAGAAUUAAACUUCCUUGGUUAAAGAUUGACUUCGACAAGUUCCCACUUGAUGAUGAUUCUGAAGAGGAGCGCGAAGUUGAUAAAAUCCAGGUAACUUUAUCAUACUAUCGACAAUCUGUAAUAAAAAAUGAAGUCAACAAAAAAGUUUACCUAUGGGAAAAACCUAAGGCUGUACACAGAUAAAAGGGCCAUUACUGAGUGUGAGAUAAUAUUACUUCCAAUGUAACAGUUUAAGAGACAUAAUACAAAAAAGUGCAAUCUCAACAUGAUAAACAAAAACAUAAAAGUUUGAGACGAUGGUAAAAAAUAACAAAUUUUUUAAAUUUAAAAAGCAUAUAUAAAUAUGUUGUACAUGGGCAUAGCUGGAGUUUUUGGAGCCCAGGUAAAGGAUUCAUUUUUACGCCCCUCCCCACCUUAUUCAUCUCUGUAACACCCAUUAUCAUUAUUUUCAUCAGAUCAAUCAAAUACCAUCACCCAAUAUAAUGCCAAACUGCUAUUAAAGAGUUAAAAUCUACGGCAUAAUUUUAUAGCGCAUACGGUCACACCACACAAUAUAAUGAUAUUAGACCAGCCUCAAGACACAUUUAACAAUAUUAUAUUUAUUAAAAUAUAACAAUGAUUAUGUGAAUUGUUAUGAUCAUUCAUAUUAUAUUUAUUUUCCUUGACUUUUUAGCACCCUUACUAUUUCUUGAAUUUUAAAUCUAGAUAUUCAUAGGUUGAGAAAUUUAAGUUAUGCAGAAUGACAUAAAUUUAAAACAAUGUGUUUUGGUGUUUUUGCUUUACAUUCAUUCUGUCAAAACAAUUUUUUAUUAUAUUUCAACAAUUUAAAAAAAUAUUUGCCUUCUUUUUAAUGCGGUACUAUUGCCAAACUAUUUGUUUUUCUUGCAGAAUUCUGAACUCUUUAAUAAAAUGGCAGCUGAUAUGGAAGAUAAUAAGGAAUCAUCAGGUAAGGAGGAACUAAAAUAAUUAAUUUCAAGUAUAUGACAUGUUGUUAGAUUAAAAUUUAGCAUUUUCAUUUUAAAUAGGGAGUUCUAAACUUCGGCCCAUAAAGAACAGGGGUUACAGCAAGAUUUUAGAUGCAGAAAGGCAAGAUGCAAUUUUUAAUAAGUGUGCUAUAUAGAAGGGACCAUAAGAAGCAUGUGAAUUAUAACCUUCAAGCAGCUAUACUAAUAAUGUCUCAUUGGAGAUGGCAUCGGUGGGUCGUCGAGCGCGAGCUCAUAAUACCCCCCCGGCACACCCCCCACAUGGGCGGACGCCAGGUCUCCCCGCCGCCAGACCGUGCAGAAGCACGGCGGGAACCUCCCCCCUGGCCUGGGGGACGUCCGGUCGACCGAAAACGCUGCGUUUAUAGCAUUUGCGGUCCACUCAAGUAGCUAUACAUACAGUUCUAUUAUUAUAGUACCUACUUUGAAUUUUUAAAGUUUUAAACUUGGUAAAUCCAUUUGGGGCUUAUAGGACAUAUAAACAGAGGCUGUUGGCCAUAUCUGGUUUUUAAUUAUUGAAACCCAGACAGAGUCAAAUUUGGUCUUUGAGUAUUGAAACCCCAACAGCUGCUUUGAAGUUAUAAGUUUAAAUCUGGUUAUAUUGGCACGCCUCAUUCACAAACCAUAGUUUGAUAGAGCUACUGAAUAAGAAUUUUAAAUAACUUUUCAUUAAUAGAUAUUCUAUUUGUAACUGCAUUUAUGUAACAUUUUAUAUGUGGCUGGGUGCCAUCUCUGGGGCAAAGAAGCACGCUCCUGAGGUACGAUUGUUUACCCCAGGCAUGUUCACACCCACUGAGCUGGGCAUGCCUGUCCCACGGGGGACGGGUGAGCAGCUCAUGACGUAGACAUCAUAGUAGCUACAUAAGGCAAGGGGGAUUUAAACCUGGGCCCUUUCUAAACGAGUAGUCAGAUGUGUCUGUUACUGAAUGUACAUGAAUAUUUUGUGUUAAACGGUUACUUCGAGUCGGCUGCAUAUGUGAGAGAUUUGACUGUCUGUUCAAUGGCUUGUACCACAAAAAUAAAAGCUAUAGCUCUUAGACCUGCAUUUCAUUGUUUGUGUAUUUUAACUGUAAGCCACGCCACCAGCAGGGCUACACUAUUAAGAAAAACAAGUAACUUUAUAAUAUUUAUUAGCUUUCUCUCUUGUCAUAUGUGAUUGCUAAUAGCAAUCUUAACAUAAAAAAUGUCUCAUGCUUAUGAUGAUUUCCUACCUAGGUCGGCGUUGAUUAGUAUUUUCUUUUAUCUGUCUCUCUUAUGCCUUGGGAAUUCAAUGAUGGUUUCUUUUUCCAUUUUUUAAGAACCAUGUAUUUCUGUAAAAAAAGAUAUCAGUAUUGCUUGCUUGCAAGCCACAUGAAAGGUGUGGGGCCAAUAUUUGUCCAUGGUUGAUUUAAAAGAAUUUUUCUUGCUCUUUUUAUGUAAUGGUCUUACUUUAAGGAAAUCUAUCUUACAUUAUUUUUAAACUUUUGUUUCAGAGAUGCCUUCUCCAUCACAAACAUAUUUAUUUAUAUACAACUUGUUCCAAUUUGUUGGAUAUUCAUAUGUCUUCAUAAAUCUUGUCUACAACUAUGUCAAAUAUGGUGACUGUGAGUAUUUAAAAAAAAUAUCUUUCAUAUUUGAAACUUAAAAAUAUAUUACUAUUUUCAUAAUCAUCUAAACCAAACCAAUUAAAAUAUUUAGUUAAUUUACAUUUUUUUUUCUCUUAGAGUAAAAGUCUUAAUUUUUUAAAGCUUUUUUUUUUAACCUUCUUUUUAUUUUCUUUGCAGCUGCAAAGCAAGCAGCCUUUGAAGGUACAGGAACUCAGUUAAUGAUAUGCCAAGCUAUCUCUGUUUUGGAAAUUUUGCAUUCACUGUUUGGCUUGGUUAAAUCAAACAUAUUGGUAUCUCUUCUUCAGGUACUAUGCUGACAUUGAAAGUUAUCUCAUUAGAUUAUAAUUGUGAAAAUAUUUAUGGUAUUAGAAACAUUUUUUAACUGCUAGUGAGUGGCACUGUCAGUAAGGCAAAGGCUGACGAUGUAAGAUUUAAAACCCAGCACUACUGUCGAAUUACGUGAUGUAGUUCUGCUGGGUCAUGUCAUGAUGUUUGGGUAUUAUGUGAGUGGACAAGGGUAUUUUUUACUUUUAUAUUUUUCCUUUAGCAUGAUUUGAACGCAGUCAUGUUCGACCAUGGCUGAGUGUUGAUUAAAACCUGUUUUAUAAAAGCUGUAUACAUUUUCUUGGUGUUUAUACCACAGUUUAGGAAUAUACCAAAAAUCAUUUAUAGCUAACAUAAAGACUUGAACAAGAAAAUGGAAUAUUGAAACAAUUUUUAAUCAACUGACUAUUUGGGGAAUUUUUUUCUUCUUAUUUCAGUUGUAUAAUCAUUUAGAAGAAACACCUUGUUCUAUUUAUUUAAGACCUGCUUCUUUUUGUUUAAAAAAAACAACAACACUCUUUUAGCAACUAUCUGGAUAAUAUUUUGAAAACUGAGAUCAAGUUGUUUAUGAAGAGAUACAAAACAAGACACAUAUCAUCCAGAAGAUGUUUGCAGUGAACUAAACAGGUGAAAGGAAAAGAAACUUAGCUAAUAGAAGUUGGUUACAAAUUCAAGUGGUAACCAGGAAAUAAAAUAACAUUGUGGUAAAGAACUUAAGAGUUAUAUAUUUAAAGCUCUGCAAAUGCAUUUUUUUUUUCUUCAGGUGAUGGGUAGAAAUUUUAUCCUUUUUAUUUUGGUUUUGCAAGAACCUAGACUUCAAAUCUCACCCUUAUGUUGGUACCUGUUUUUUGUGUGGACAUUUGUAGAGGUUAUUCGGUAAGAUUCGCUGCCUUCAUUUUAUUUUUAACUCUCAUGGAAAAAAAUUGUUAUGCUAUUGUAAGUUUUACAUUAUUCUUUUGUAUGAAGAUAUUUCAGAAUCAUUUAAGAACUUUUAUCAAAUUCUACUAUAGUAGUGAUUAAAUUAAAAUUAUUUCAUUUUACUUUUAUGUAAUGAAUGUGUUCAUGAAAAUCUUUUUUUUUUCCAGUUAUCCGUUUUACAUGUUCCAGCUGGUGAAUUUUGAGAUCAAAUAUUUAACAUGGCUUCGUUAUAACAUCUGGAUAGUUCUAUAUCCCUUAGGCAUAGUCAUUGAAGGUAAUUUAUGUUAGCAAUUAAAUGUCUAAAUAUAUUAUGAAGGUGUACUGCAUUAGAUUUUAAAAUAGCUUUACAUAUGAGUUGCAUAUUACAAGCAGAUUGUGAAACUGAAAAAAAAAAUGCAGGAUUAUAUUUCGAAUGAAACUUCAGAAUGCAUGCCAUAUAUUUUUCUUUCUACAAAAUCGAUCUUAAAACAAAGAAAAGAAGUGGCCCCCAUAUAAUGUGAAAAUUAAUGUUCAUGAAAGCAAAGGUGAUGAUUAUUUAGAACAAGGCAAUCAUAUUUCAUGAGCAGUGUAGUUUCAUAAUCUGCUUGUAUCUUGUAUGCAAUUUUUGAAUUAUGUAGCCUUUCAAUUGCUCAUUGAUUUACAUAAUAUUAUGAAGUAGUUAGAUUGAUAAAAUAUCUUUCUUUUGCAGCUACCAUCGUAUUCCAGUCAAUUGGAUAUUUUUCUGAGACGGGUUUCUUUAGUGUUGCUCUACCAAACUGUUCGAACUUUGCAUUUUAUUUUCCUUACUUCCUGAUGAUGUAUCUUGUUGCUCUCUGCUUUGGUAAGCUUUUAAUUUUAAUGAUAGUGUCCUUUUCAACUUUUAGCAGAGCUCUGACUUUUUCAUUAGUCGUCAGUUAAAAUUUUUUAAUGUAUUUUCUGCAGACAGCAUUACUUAUAUUUUUGCACUCAUCUGAAAUUUUUUUUAUUUGAGAUGAAAACUGCACUGGAGAGUAAUUAACAUGCAAAUUUCCUUUUAGUUUUAUUGUCUAUUUUUGGUUAAGAGUAUAUUUACAUUAUUUAGCAGCAUCAUUCAUAAUUAGAAACAAGUUGACAUUUUCUUUGCGAACUUUUUUUAGCAGAUUCAUUCCAGGUCUUGGUGACUUGCUUCUGUGUAGGACUACCAUAGCAUAGAAUUUCAAGUUAUUAAUUCUGUAUAAAAAAAAUCUUUGCCAAUAAACACAUUCCUAAUGAAUUUUAUUUCUAUACAGGUUCAACAAACAAUCUGAAGUAUAUGUACAUUCAAAGAAAAAAGCAACUCUCAGGUGUUAAAGUCCAGUCAUCUAAAGCAAAAUCAUCUUAGAUUCAUUUUAUAUAAUUUUUUUUAAGGGUCUCAAUAAUUUAGUAAUUAUGAGUACAAAGCUGUCAUACUUAUUUUCACCAGUGUAUAAUAUAUGAAUUUAUUUUAUUAAUAAUUUUCCAUAAACUUUUCCAAUGAAAUUAAAAAGGAAUGGUUAUAUUUAAAUAUGUAAUAGGCAUUAUUAAAUGAUUAUUUAUAAAAUGUUUCUGUUAUAAAAGAAAUGUUUCAAUGACUUUGAAUUUGAUACAGAGUAAUUUUGUUUACGGUACUGAAAAUGAUGUCCUAAUUGAAGCCAGGUAUCAUCUAUUAAAUAACAGAUAAGUUUCCUAAAAUAAAGAUACUGAUUAGUUUCCUCCAUCAGACCAGUAUAAAAGUGUAAAGUUCUUAUUUUAAUUUUUUUCUUCUUUGUAUAGUUUCAUUAAAUCCCAGCAAUGUAUUUACAAAUUUAAGUAAUUUUAAGCCAAUAAAUAUUUUUGUUUUUUGUUAUUAUUAUAUAUCAUAAAUAACUUUUACAUCUUAUUUUAAAGACCAAAUUUUGAAUUAAUUAAGGAACAUUUUAAACUACACUCCCCAUGGCUAGAGUUUUUUGUUUUUUCCUUCACCAUGCAUGGCAACACAUUAUACUUGAUUUAGAAUAAACAGAGUUUGAUUUCUAGGUAUGCAUGAAAAAAUGGAGAAUGCUCUGGUGGUUUUUCCCAAAUUUUUCAGCUUCAUCAAAAAACUAAGGAAACUUUCCUCACAUUACUGAAAUACUGCAUACACUGUUUUUUGAAAAGCAAACUGAACACAGUUAUAGGCUAGGACUAUUUACCAUAUUAAAAAUGCUUGAUGCUUAUGGUUAUGUUCUAGUUUUUUUUUUAAGGGCAGUGCUGCAUUUGUAAAUUAUCAACAUAAUUCACAUUUUCACCAUCUAGAACAGAAAGCACUGUAAUGUAAGAGCAGAGUAUGCCUGUACUCUUUUGUUUAGUAUUUCAGUUUUAAGGAGCUAUUAAUGCUUUACAAAGUGUUUUCUGUUAAUUUUAAAAUGUUUUAAAUGUUUUAAACACUUGGUCCUAAAAUAUGUUAUCCAUUGUUCUUUUAGUUUAAAAUUUAAAUAUUAUCAGUUGCUUUUGUUCCUUUUACAAAAAUUUAGAAGAAGAAAAAUACUAAGUUUAAGGACAUUGUUUCACUUUCUAUUGAUUCGAGUCUGCAUUUGUAAUUUUAAAUGAGACAAAGUGUAUGCUAUGUUUUUGAAUUACACAUUCUCAUUGAAUCUGUAUUGUCAGUGAAGGAUUGUGAAUAAUACAGUGAAAGAAAACGUUUUGUUAUUCAGACAUUUUUUGAAUUUUAUUCCUUUAUGUUGGUUUAAUAAAUUUUUACUAUUGAUGACAGGAUCCAUUACUUGUUUGUUUUAUCAAAUUCUAUGUGAAAAACAAACUGAUCAUUCCCAUUUUUAAUAUA